GCUGAGCUCUGAGGGGAGGAGGAGUCUUGCAGAGAAGUUUGUGCAAGAGAAAACCUACAGUGUUUGUUCAUGUGGCCCUCAACAAGUUGAAGCACUGAAUCGGAUCAAGGUAGAGCUGCUUUGACCAAACAGCCUUAUUAUGGAAAUCCCUGCCAUAAAUCUAAAGGCCAUAGUACUGGUACACUGGCUGCUUACAGUAUGGGGAUGCAUGGCGUGGCUGCCCAGCUCCUUCGCUUGGGGGAACUUCAGUGUUUUUGCCAUCGGGGUCUGGGCGAUCGCACAGAGGGACUCGAUCGACGCCGUGCUCAUGUUUCUGAUGGGGAUGACCGUGACGAUAUUGACUGACAUCAUCCAUUUUGGGAUCUAUUACCCAUUGAAUGACUUCGCUGCAGAAAGGGGACGUGACGUGUUUCGCUUCAGCGCAGGGAUGGCCAUCCUCAGUCUGCUACUCAAACCUGCGUCCUGCUUCUUCGUCUACCAAAUGUACCGGGAACGUGGAGGAGAUUACAACGUCAACUUUGGUUUCCCCUCUGUAUCACGAAACAGAGAUGCCUACCAGUCCAUUGAUCAACAGGAUGAGUCUUCCAGCCCAGCAAAUCCCUUCAACCAGGCCCAGGACAGCAAACCAGCCCGCACAUACUGAGAGAGCCAGGCGGUGAAAAAUGCAGUGUUUUCCUCUGACUUUUUAUGCAGCAGUACAGUGCUUAGGGGCAAUUUUAAAAUCAAUUCCACAUCGCUCCCUGUGUUUUGUACAGUUGGUCUGCUGCAGAUUGCAGCACUGAAAACAAAUUGAAUACUAUUAUAAUGGUAAAUCAAGAACUCUGUUUGGGAUUUUAGAGUGAAAUGUGGUGUAAUCAAAUCCAUUUUAAUGUCAUAUUUGCUCCAAAGGUGGUAAUGUUUUUUUUGCUGAGCAGGCACAUCACUGCUGAAUAAAUACAGAGGAAAUACUGUUCUACCACUCCAUGCUGUGUUACUGUUGUUGCCUCCUACUAUUUUUAGUAGAGAGGUGUUGAAUGGAACUGUUGUUUGUACGACAGUUUUGUCAGUUUGUAUUUUUCCAAGUAAGUCAUUUUUACAAAUGUGGCACUUACAGACAUUAAGAGUCUUGUCUGUUUCUCUUCGUGUUCUGUAAAACUACUUGCUCCUUGUAUGUAAUUAUUAGUUUUCAAUUAGUUUUUGCUGUAUGGCACCGUAAUGGUUAAAGCACAGGUCAGUUUUUUACGCAAGAGAACUGAGAUGAAUGUCAGUGUCAUGCUGUACAUGCUACUUUGUGCCUUUGUACUUUUUCAUCUUAUUAGAGCUGUGAAAUCUUUUGACUGAGUUGAAAAGAUGAUGACCAAAAUCGAGCAAGACCUUCAUGGGACCUUGUAGCUUGAUGUUGAUCAAUGCAAAGUCAUGAUUAAGACUACUGUCACAUCUAGCACUGUUACUAUAAAAUACAAAUACAAACAUGAGGAUUUUUGAAAAAAAAAAAAAAAAUUGUACUGAUCAAGAGCAAUCCACUGUAUAGAUAAAGUUUUCUCUCAAUUAAAACCAUUUUAAAUUGGUCAUUUUUAUACUUAUUUUCAAUACAAGUGAAGGGCCUCUAGGCUGUCAUAAAUACUCUUUUGCCUACUGUAAAACCUCUGUUUAAAUAAAAUACAGACCACAUGCUGUAGCUGUUGAUCUGCUCCUACUGUAUAAAGCCAGGAGACAUAAGCAUGGCAGUUUUUUCACAUAAAAAAUGUUAAAUGAAGGAUUUUAAACCCUGAAAUGUUCUUAUUUCAUAUUAGCAGCAACACAUUGUUCAUUCAGAUCUGAAGGAAGUAUGAACUUUCAGUUUUAAUGUGCAAAUUACGUAACCGUUAUAGUGGUUAAAGUGCAAGGAAAGAGGAUGUUGUACCUGCAGACUUAUUAUUGCAUCAUUUGGAUCUUUUACAGUCAGUUCUCUUUUGAAAAUGUUACAAGUUUGAAGUUCCUGUUUUGAUAUCACAGUGACCAACGUGACAAAUGGGAGGUGUGGUAACUACGUAGGUCACAUGAUGGUUAUGUGAAAUGAUCACCAUUGUAGUACCUUGGUUCUUUAGUCAUAUAGAUCAUACGAGGCACCUUAUUUGCUUAUAUACCUCAUGUAUUUUUACUUCAUUCAGUUAAUGCACAUGAGACACAGUAGUCAAGAGGACGUAACACUUCUAGCUCCACACCCAGUCAGCCUUCAAGAGCCCCCUGCUAAAUCACUGCAAUAUCACAUAAUGUCCAUUUAACAUUAUGUCAAUUUAAUUGAUAGAAGGGUCAGAAUUCGCAACUGCAGUUUGUUGCACUUUGUAUGACAUUAGACAAUAACCAAGCAUGUGCUGCUUGUUGUUUGCAGAUUAUUGUGAAUUGAAAAAUACCUGCAAAAAGGUAACAAAUUUGUUUUGUUAAUGGAAAAUAAUGGUAACACGCACAGGUCCCCUAAUUUUCUACUUAUCUCCUGGAAAUUUUCAGAGCAGUUUGCAGGUACUUAAUGGUUAAUUUUAAGGACAUUUUACAGAAAGGGUGGUGCAAUUUGGUACAAAUUAU